AUGUUUCGAACUCAACCUUAUCUGAGUACCGAUUCGUUUGGCUCACUAUUGGUCUCAGUGACCAAUACUACUUCAUGCGUUGUUGUCAAAGCAUCAUUAGACGAUGGAACGGAAAUAAUUGUGGAAGCUAGAAUCGAUGUGGAAGAAAAUGUGGUCGAAGUACCUUUUUCGCUUGCAAAGAUCGUACCAAAGUUGAAGGCGUACGAUGUUAAGAUUUCAUUCUAUGACACAUUAGUUCAUGUUACAAGUUCAAAACUUUAUCAUCUUCCCGCAGGUCCAAGGGCUGUCAAGAUCGAUCGGCUAUACGGUGGAAUCUUCACAUCAACAAAUGAAACUAUUUUUCCUAUCGGUCCAUAUGUUGAUGUUGGUGGAUGGCUGGCUAAAGGGGAUAUACGGGCCAACCUUCAGACCCUCAAAGAUCUGAAUUACAAUAUAAUUAACCCCGACCCUCCAUACCCGAACAUUUCAUUCAUCCAUCAAAUGUUUCAAGCAGCUGACAUGAUAGGCGGGAUCUAUAUACAAUAUUCGUUUCGACACGAUUAUACCGAUACUCAAAAGGCAGAUGAGCCCGACGGCGAACAAUGGACAAAUGUUUCUGACGUUUUUGAAGCCCACGAAGCCAUAAAAAGUGUUGAUCCGUAUCACCCGACUUCUCUGGUGUUAAACUGCCAACAUAGUGCUGCUUUUUACGCGGAUAGUGUCGAUAUAUUGAGUACCGAUCAAAUUACCGUUUUAAGCAAAAAGAUCAAAGAACUUUCGAAUUAUAUGCUUACGACUCCAAAAUUGCCGCCUUCUCAUAUAAUCAUUUCUUCUAAUUUGGACAUACAUGCUGGUGGAUGGAUUUCAGAAAAUAAGAAUACUCUUUUGUUGAUUGUGGUCAAUAGUAAUAAGGGACCCAUUACAAAUUUUAGUAUAACCAUUAAGGACUUGCUCCCUUUUGGUCUGCUACAUGGGGUUGGUGAAAUAGACAGCGAGAAGGAGAGUCACGUUUUCAUUGAGAAUGGAAUAUUUGAAAGCAACUUGAAAGAACGCGAACUAGAGACUAGAUCUACAGAAUAA